ACUAAAAUGUAAGGAACAGAUUGUGGUUUGGAAAGCAAUGAUGAAUACAGCAAACACUGACGGAGUAAUACUGAUAAUCCACUGAGAGAUGAAUCACAGGUUGGAUUUUCACCUCCGUCCUAUAAACCAAGCCUUGCUGUCUGUUUGGAGGUCAUGUGACUGGGAAAGGCGGGGGAGAGGAUUUGGAGGAGAAGCACAGAAAGCUAAGGUGAGACCACCUCCGCUACUCAAGCGUUACCUUUACUCCUCAGGCAACACCUUAUACUUGCGCUGAGCCCCUCAGACCCACACAGCAGCUUUAACAACCAACUGGACAGAUACAUCUAGUGGACAACUGCAACUUUUCUUGUUUUUCUGGAUGUUGGGAUGCAUUUCACCAUUUUAUCAGCAUCCCUGUAGGACUCAACGUGGCCCUUUGCAGUGGACUGACGCUUAGUAUUGGACUCUUAACAGCAUGGACAUGUUUGGCCCAGGGCAGCUGGUAUCCACUCUCUUGCCUGCAGUUUUCCAUUCACCUGCAGCUCACUUUUUCCCUGCCUUCCCAACCAGACUGGGUUCUCAACCUCAGAUUCUGAUCCCAGGGCCCUUUAUCAGCUAUGAAUCCUUGAGGAAUUAUCUGCAGCCAGAGCCACGCAAGGAAGCUUUUCUCCUGGCCACACAGGCAGUGGGGAUGGCGCCGCUCACAGAGGGCAUAGAUGAACAGAGGCCAGUGAAGCAGCGUCGUGCACGGGCCAACUACAGCAGCUGGCAGCUGGAGGAACUGGAGAAGGCCUUCGAGACCACCCACUACCCAGACAUCUUCAUGAGGGAGGCCCUGGCCCUCAGACUGGACCUCAUCGAGGCCAGAGUACAGGUGUGGUUCCAAAACCGCCGUGCCAAGAUGAGGCGACAGCUGAAACUCCAGGGUCAGCUUGCAGGGCCUUAUGUAAAAAGAGACAAUGAUGAAACAUCUGAGAAAACAAGCAGGAAUUUAAAACAGCAGACGGAAAGUUGUGACGGCGAGCACUGGGAAAGACGACAGGAAGGAGAGAACUAUCCAUGGACCAAAGCUGCAAGUGCUGUGCUGAGCGUACGUAUGCAGCCUGUGACCCAGAGGUCGGGGAAGUGGGAGAGGCCGGAGGGGCCAAGCUCAGAGGAGCUCCGUUCCUGCAGCAUCGCCAAGCUAAGGGCCAAAGCCAGAGAACACGAGGCCGAGAUCCACAGCACAGUAAACAUGUCAGGAGGCGACACACAGUCACAAACACAGGAAGAUGAUGCCAUGCACAAUGAUUCAUAGUUUUCCUUUUUCCUUUUGUAAAGAUAAUAAAACAGCUUAAACACCAUGAACAUGCAAAAGAAUAUUUUUUAAACCUAUUUGGGAUGAGGCGCUUUAUUAUUUAGCCUUCAUUGAUUAAAGAUUUAUUGCAGUAUAAAACACUAUUGUAAUCUUCUAUGUGAUUUUCUAUCAAAUUAUAAACAAGUAUUGAUCUUGCCGCACUAUUUUCAAUCUUAUAUUCAUGGUACAUUUCAGUUAACCUCUGUGUUGACAUUUUAUGGACAUUUUUAUUUAAAUAGAGCUUUUAAAGUUCCUUUAAAAUUUGGGUGGUUAACACAUAUACAAGUGUAAAACUGUAAAAACUCUGUCCCCUGCCAUUUUUCAUUCCUUUAACAAGUAACUGAUUGUCUCACACGCAUGUGCUGUUUAUGUUUGUCUAUAUUCUGAAUGCCGUUUUCAACAAGUCGUGACUGUGACUGAAAGGCACACACUGUAUACAGGUCAGUCAUCAGCAGAUAACAGUGACAAAUGUUGCCGUCUUAUCUUAUCAGCCUAUCGGGGCACGGCUGAAAUCGGAUACAGUCAGAUCAUUUCUAAAUGAUUUCACUAAUGACGAACUCAUCCCUGACCUCUCGGGCUACUUCCAGAGACAGACAGGAUGUCUGCGUGCAGCCACACGUCCUCACAGGAAACAAUGGAAAUAACUGAAAAAUGAAAUCAUGACGAGUGAGUCUGUAUAUAUGAUACAUGUCUGUUUUUCUUUAAACUGUAUGCAUCAGGGACAUAAUAUACUGACUUCUUCUGUCUUCAAAGAUAGUGAGGCACAUUCCAUAAAGAGCUGUUGAUCAAAAGAGAAGAAAAGUUGAGACUCAUGGAAAAUGAUAA